AUGAGAAAAGAAGUUAUAAGUAUUAUUCUAGGAGGAGCUGUGUGCUUGUUUGUGCUAUGGCCAAUAUUCUUAAGCCGGCGCACAUAUAAGACGGGAAGUAAAGAGAAAAAAGAAUCUCACCACCCAGAGACAGAGCGAAGAAUAGCAAGCAGGUGGGGAGGAAAGAGUAAAGGAAAGACCCCUCUAAUAAAAAUAAGAAAUGGCCGGCCAUUUGUUGGAUGCAUACCCAUAAAAGACGGGAAAAUAUUCAUGAUCAAUGGAAGAGAGAACAAAAAGUUUAUAUUCCCCAAAGGCGGCAUCGAUAAGAAUGAAGAAGGAUACUAUACUGCAGGAAAAGAGGCCAUUGAAGAAGUUGGUGUGAUAGGAAACAUAGACAAAACACCCUUUGCUAUAGUUAACGGGAUAUAUUGGUAUGUUUUAGAGGUAACCAAGGUUCUUCCCUCUUGGAAAGAAAGACAUGAAAGAGUUCGCAUUAUAAUGGAUCCGCACAAUGCUCUUUUCCACUCCGAAGUGCGUGCAGUGACUAAAAAUGUAAUUAAAGAGCUCCUUGCACAAGAAGAUCGCUUGAAAAUGCCAAGAAUCAAAAACACUAGGCUUGUUCACCCAGACAGCCCACAAACCCCCGAGCAAACAGUUCAGGAGACCACAGAAGAAGCCUUUUAAAUUACAUUACAAUAAAUAAAC